AUUUGGUAAGUUGGAGCGAAGUGAUCAAAGGUGAUAAGAAGUUUCAUCAUCCUCAAACAAAGAAUAAUACAACAAUUGAGAGCUGAAAACAGUCAAACAAAUUUUCCUUCGUCAUCAUGACUAGUGAGGUUAUAUCAUUCUUCAGUCACAAUGCGCAAUGAAGGAACUAUAUAAUUGCAAAUAAGAACUCUUGCUCAUUGACAACAUGUUUUGCAGAGACGUGCUUUGUGAGUUUUAAUGUUGUCAGCUAAGUAGUUUCAUGAGUAUAAAUCUCAUUCGGUUUUUAAAAAAUUAGCGAUGAGAAACCAAGCAUGAGUUUUGUGUAAUACAACAUAGAAUUUUAAUUUUAGGAUCUGUCUAUUCCGGGACAUCAUUUUUUUUAGACAGGGUGUUAAAAAGUAACGCAAAAUUAACAGAAGUUAAUAUGAAAUGCUACUUGAAACGUUUAGCGACUAAAAUCUUUCAAAAGUAUCAAAUUACGAUGAACUGCCACUUAAACAUUUCACGACUGACGUUUCUUAACAGUUACUUUUUUAACCUUGCCAUGACGAAAAAUUUUAUCUUAAUUUUGCACAACUUUUUUAACACCCUGUAUUUUUAUUUAUUUUCCUUUUAUUCAGUAGAAUGAUAAAGAGUUGUCAAUGGCUAAUCUAGAUCUAGGAGAUUAAUCAGACUUUGAAGCACUGCAGAAUUGUUGUGCAAUUUGAUUUGUUCAGAAGCUUUAUUGUUUGUUUAAUCCCUGACAAGUGGAGGGUUCUUCUACACAAAGUGUACAUAUUGACCCUUAAGCUAAAGUACAAUUGUUGCUCCUAUAAAACGCUUUUCUCCACAACCGUUGGAUGAAUUUAUUAGAAAUGUUACGUACAGAAAAUGGAAGUAGUCUCUAGAUGACUGUUAUUGUAAAUUUUCAACUUUCGCGAUAUUUGAUUCAGAAUUUUCUUGUUUUACUUUUAUUUACGGGAACACUUUUUAUAAUGUAUGCCGCAGGGGUGGCCAACCUCCUUGAGAUCGCAAUCGACUAAAAUCGUCAAAAUAGCUCGCGAUCGACUGAUCGGUAAUAAGGUCAUGCACAAAAACAAAUGAGUACACUGAUUGCAGAUAACUGCGCACUCGUAUAUAAAAUAUUCCGCCGCUGCCAAUAAGCUCGGUUCUUUGACGGUGUAUUAUUAAUGAAAUCGCCAUAAUUUGCAUGUUACAUUUAAUUGAUUUUGUAACUGUACCCGGAGUAAAUGCUUCAUCAUUUAUUUACAAUUCUGAUUCAAGACUUGUCCAAUUUUUAGUUGUGAGUGUUGAGAAUUUCUCAAAGAAUCUUGCAAAUUAUCCAUGUAUUAUUCUGAACCGCAAAAAAUGAAUACCUCCAAACCAUAAAUGUCAUAUGACUGCUCAUACUUCCCAAUUACAAUUUCGCGAGUCCGAUUCUUCGCUCGCUUGAAAUUAGAAAAAAUUGGCUUUCUGAUGCCACUACUACCGUUGCAAAUAAAAUUUAUCACUACUCUUGGAGUGAGACAAUUACUUUCGCAUGGUGCAAAAGUUAUUGUACGAUCGUACCUCAGUCAAGGGCUCAAGGCACACGAUAUUCUGCAAUUUUCAUUUCUUAACAUCGGCAGCGGCGAACCUUUCUAUCGUUGCGUAAUAAUAUGCUCUAUCGGCCUCGCCGAGCUCUAGAACUAUAUGCGUAUACAGUAUUUUGCGCGUGCGCAGUACUGUAUUAUUUCUGUUUCAAAACACACAACAAGCGCUGCAUGAAAUUGGUCUAAGACAUUUUGACGUAUCUUAUCAAAUUUUCUCAACAUCAAACGCGAUCGACUACUCAAGACGUGGCGAUCGACCAGUCGAUAGAGAUCGACGUGUUGGCCCUUAGGUAUGUGAACGCGUAGGGCAUCAAACGUAGCCCGUGUAAGGCUUUUAAAUAUUCCAGCAUUGCUCUUUAGUUUUAUUCGUAAAAAACAUUGAAUAAGUAUUUUGGUAUCAUUUCAAAUACAUAAAUUCUUUUACAUAGAAAACCUGCAAUAUAUACGCAAUAUGUCAGAAAAAAAGGGUAUUUUGCAGCGACUAGCUGAAGGUCCAGUUGUCGGAGAUGGAAGCAUGUGUUUUAUUCUCGAGAAACGAGGCUAUGCCAAAGCAGGUCCAUGGACCCCAGAAGCCGUUAUUGAGUAUCCCGAAGCAGUUCUUCAGUUGCACAAAGAAUAUGUGAGAUCUGGAGCCGAUGUUGUUCAGACUGCUUCAUUUUAUUCCAACGAUGAUAAAUUAGCAUACGGACGCAAGGGCGAAGAAGUAAUUCAUACAAGUGCCGAGAUUAAUGAUGCAGCUUGCAAAUUGGCUAAAAAGGCUGCUGACGAAAACGGCUGUCUAGUUUGUGGUGGAUUUUCUCCUGUUCCGUCAUAUAAAAAAAGCGGAGUAGAAGCGGCUAGAGUGGAAUAUCAAAAACAAGCUAAAGUUUAUCAAGAUCACGAUGUUGAUUUUGUUAUGGCGGAGUUCUUUCAUGACAUCAAUGAAAUUGAACUUUGUGCGAGUGAAAUGAAAAAAUUGAAUAAACCAAUUGCACUGUGUAUGAGAGUCGGAUUAAUGGGAGAUGUGAACGGAGUCUCGCCAGAAGAAUGCGCAAUACGGAUGGCAAAAACCGGAGCGGAGAUUAUUGGAACAAACUGCUCGUACGACACCGAUACCAGCCUCAAAGUGAUGAAAAGAAUAGUGAAUGCACUCAAAAAGGAAGACUUGCACCCUUACCUUAUCUGUCAACCAAUCGGUUACGUCUGUCCUGAUGCAGAAAACAGUCCAAUUGGCUUUUACUCUCUUAUAGAAUAUCCGCUUUGUCUUGACCCAAGAUCAAUGACAAGAAUAGAAGCUCACAAGUUUGCCAGAGAAGCGUGGGAGAUUGGCGUCAGAUAUAUAGGAGGUUGUUGUGGGUUCGAACCUCAUCAUAUUCGUGCAAUAGCUCAAGAGCUUGCUGCCGAAAGAGGUAGAAAACCUCCAGUUGAAGAUAUGGCACAAGCAUUUGGCGGAGAAUAUUUCAAAACGAGCCUUGUGUCAGAUAUAGCGAGUGGAGAAACAGCUACAAGAGAAUAUUGGAUGAAUAUGAAACCAGGAUUUGGCAGACCCUUUAACCCAUCUUGUUCAAAACCAAAGGACGUAAAAUUCAACUAACAAUUCAAAUGAAAUAUGAUUUUUAAAACACUGCGGAACAACAAAUGUAAUUUGGUGGAAGAGAUUUUACGACGGCAAUUAUGUAUUAAUUUAUGAUUAGAAAGAUACUAAGUUUCAAGAAAUACUUUUAACCUAUAAACUCCUGAAAGAGGAUUUUGCUAUUUAUGUCCUUCUGUUUUAGUUCGAUGAUAUACAUAGGAGUGAUAUAUUUAUUUUCAUGACAGGGUGCAAAAGUGAUUACUAAAAUUAAAACAUUUAUAUCAAUUAUACGUACAUGACAAUAAGUUCCGAUUAUUCAAUUUUCUAUGCUAUUUAAAAGUGUGUUGUAAUAAUAACAAGAUUCUUAAGGGUACUAAUGUAAUCUAAUAUCAAUUUUCAUCGUUUUCCCUGUUAGUUUUGGAUGUGCUGUGACGUUACAAUUAUAUGCAAAAUUUGCCAAAUACAUGUGCUUUGCAAGACUGAA